AGCAUAUUUUCUCCUCUCUGCCCAGAUAGCUUCCUUUUCCUUCCUCUGAAAAAGAAUGGGAAACUGCCAAGCUACUGAUGCAGCAACUCUGGUUCUCCAGCACCCGUGUGGGAAAGUGGAGAGAUUCUAUUGGCCGGUGACUGCUAGUGAGAUUAUGAAGAUGAACCCCGGUCACUAUGUGGCUCAGCUUAUCUCCACCACCAUGUACCAUUCCCAUUCCAGUUCCUGUAACAAUGGCAAAAGUUCACUGUCACAACAAACCGCCACUGUCAACCCUGUUCGUUUAACCAGGAUCAAGCUUCUCCGAUCCACGGAUACUCUUCUUCUCGGCCAUGUUUAUCGCCUCAUCACCACCCAAGAGGUGAUGAAGGGUUUGUAUGCAAAGAAACAUGCAAAGAUGAACAGAGACCAAGAAUCUGCGGCAGAGAAGCCAUAUGAGAAGGGUGCUGGUCAGAGAUCUGAACCGGAAAAGGCGAGCAAACUUGAAAGGCAGCGAUCGAGGUCAACAACAACGAGCAACUCAGCGGGCAGAUCAAAGACAUGGCAGCCUUCAUUACACAGCAUCUCCGAGGCUACAAGCUGAGGAUAUUUUCAUGUUUCUUGCCCCCAUUAAAUUGCUGCAUAAGAGACAUAAAACCCCAAGUUUCUCCUUUUUUUAACCUGUAAAAACCAAUACAUGCAGUUCCUCCCACUUUAGGAUCCAUAUAUAGGCUAGCAAACCCAGAAAACCACAUCUUUCUUCAACCUGCAGUUCUGAGCUAUAUGCAUAAUUUGUACAUCAAAAAAAGAAGAAGAAAAAAAGAACAGAGUUGCAAUAUCCAGCACUGUUAUGUAAUCGAUUCCUAGUAAUUUCCUCC